UGAAUGACCGGCUUUAAUUAUAAUGAUUAUUUACACCAACAGACAUGCUUAGUCAAACACAAUAAAACAAUAAUAAACUAUGGUUAGGGACUAGCUCUUGCUAUAUGUGAAAUGUAUGGUGAUAAGAUGCAGUUACUAUUAUGUUUUGUUUUUUUUGUGUGAAUUUUCAUUAUGACUUUGAUUUUUUUUUUUUUUUUAAGGUCUAUGCACCAUCCCCAAAUUCAGAUGAUUUUAACAGGGAAUCUCCAAGUUACCCAUCCCCUAAACCACCAAGCAGUAUGUUUGCUAGCACUUUUUUUCUUCAAGAUGGGUCUCAUAACGCCUCAGAGAUUUGGAAUUCAGCCAAUGGGAUAAGCCAGCCUGGACUUGGUGGAAUGUUGGGCAGCUCAUCUGCUCACAUGUCUCAGUCUGGCAGCUAUGGCAGUCUACAUGACCGCUUGAACUAUCCUCCACACCCAGUUUCGCCUACAGAUAUAAAUGCAAGUCUUCCUCCAAUGUCCAGCUUCCAUCGAGGUAGCACAACAAGUUCCUCCUAUGGAGCUGCUUCUCACACUCCUCCCAUAAAUGGAUCCGACAAUCUUUUAGGUGCAGGAAGUAGAGGAAAUGGAGCUGGGAGCUCACAGACAGGGGAUGCACUUGGGAAAGCUUUGGCAUCUAUUUAUUCCCCUGACCACACCAGCAGUAGUUUUCCUUCAAAUCCUUCAACUCCUGUUGGAUCACCUUCACCUCUGCCAGGUGCUAACCAGUGGUCUAGACAAGGAGGGCAAACACCUUCAUCUCCAAGCUAUGAAAACUCUCUUCACUCCCUGAAAAAUCGGGUUGAACAGCAACUUCACGAGCAUUUGCAAGAUGCUAUGUCCUUCUUAAAGGAUGUCUGUGAGCAAUCUCGAAUGGAAGAUCGCUUGGAUAGACUUGACGAUGCUAUCCAUGUACUACGGAAUCAUGCAGUGGGACCUUCAACAAGCAUGGCUGCUGAUAUUCACAGUUUACUGGGUGCUGCCCAUAAUGGGUCCCUUGGAAGUCUGACUGCAAACUAUGGAACAUCUGGAUUAGUAGUGAACAGUCGGCAGACCUCAAUG